AUGAACAUCCCACCUUUGGUCAGGCAGUUGACGGUAGCGGGUUCCUGUCAUUUAGCAGCUUUAACAGCAGGCGGAGUGGUAUCGUACCCGGGGGUACUGCUACAACAGCUACGAUCCAAUGAUACUAUAAUACACCUAGAUUUGGAUAAUGGAUCGUGGAUUGGCUCAGUGCACGGCCUAGCAGGGAUACCAAGCUUCCUAAUGCCAUUUCUCAUGCAGUACCAAGGACGAAAAUUCACAUUCAUACUCAGCUGCAUAUUAAUAAAUAUAGGAUGGGCCUUCACAUAUGCUGCAAAUAAUCUUUUAACUUUAAUCAUAGGAGAAUGCUUCCAUGGUCUUGGAGGGCACAGUUUACUGACAGUCAGCUUCUUAAGCAUGUCCGAAAUGAUACAACCGAAAUAUCGAAACAUUUGUUUAUUAUUCUACGGCACAACUCAAGCUUUUGGAAUGUCGUUUGUCGGGAUUAUAGGAAGAUAUUUGCAUUGGAAAACUGCUGGUGCUGUUAUGAGCUGUCCAAUUAUGCUAGCCUUGAUUUUAGGGAUGUUUUGGCCUGAAUCCCCGUCCUGGUUGGCUUUUAAAGGGAGAUUUGAGGAGUGUGAAGUAGUUUUUAAAAGUCUAAGAGGUACUGAUAAGGAAUCUAUGAGGGAAUUGAACGCUCUAAUCCACGCUCAGAAGGAGAAUUUCGAUUUAAGACCUAAAGGAGAAUGGUUUAAGAAUCUUCGACAUACUUUAGUCAGUAAGGACUUUUACAAACCAUCGUUUCACACAUUUAUUUUACUUAGUAUAUUUUACUGGACGGGCGGGGCCGCUGUGAUAAUAUAUUCAAGCGAUAUUACACUCAAACUCACUAGCAAUAAGAACGAGCAUAUAAAAUUUAUCAUUGACGUCACAUUCUUUAUAGGAUACACUGUGACGACGAUUCUAACAAGAUUUUUUAGCAGUAAGAAGAUUUUGUUAUUUAGUAUGUCAGGGAGUUUUAUUUGUAUGACUUUGAUGACCGUAGCAGCGUAUUUGCAAAGCGUAGAUAUAGUAUCAAAGGACUCAAUGUUGGGUGCUUAUUUCAUAGUGUGUUAUAUGGUCGUUUUUAGUAUCGGUUCAAACGGCGUAGGGUUUACAAUAGCUACAGAAUUGAUGCCAGUUAAACACAGGGGAAUCGGAGGUUGCAUAUUUGUACUAUGCACCUGUAUUUUUCACUCGUCCUCGCUGAAAUCCUUCCCAUAUUUGUGUGUUUAUAUGAAGUUGUGGGGAGCGUUUUUGUUAUAUGCCAUUUAUAUUGUGAUAUCUGGAGUUUUUGUGUAUGCGUGUGUCCCCGAUACAAGGAACAGGACGUUGCAAGAAAUCGAAGAGUUUUAUCAAAAUGGUUGUUAUAGAGAGAAAAGGUUGGUUUGUGCAGAUUUGACCGCUCGUCAAAGAUUUUUAAAGGAUAAUGGAUUGUAG